CCUAACCUAACUUCAUUCGCGUCGCGAGAAAAAAUUGAAUAAGUUUGUGAACGGCCGACCGUUACGGUCCUUCGUUUGCUCCCGGCACAAGAAGUGGACUAGACUGUGGAAACUAACAAAAACUCGGCGCCAUAUUGCGAUCUUGUGUUUGGUUAGCGUUUUCUGGCGCGUGGUGAAGAAGUUUGUUGUAAUUUAAUUGAUAACGAUGUCCGACAAUCAGGAACAAAAACCCGAAGCCGGUCCAGGCGACGCGAAUUCAGAGUACAUCAAGCUCAAAGUUGUUGGAAACGACAGCAACGAGAUUCACUUUAGGGUAAAGAUGACCACUCAGAUGGGCAAGCUAAAGAAGUCCUACAGUGAUCGCGUGGGUGUACCUAUGACAUCGCUUAGGUUUCUUUUUGAUGGUAAAAGAAUCAACGAUGAUGAAACACCAAAGCAGCUGGAAAUGGAAAAUGAUGAUGUCAUUGAAGUAUAUCAAGAACAAACAGGUGGUCGUUAAUUAAGUUGGAGGAGGAUCAUUCGUUCUAAUAUUUUAUAAAGUGGAAGUGACUCUAAUAAGAAAAAAAUGGACAAGUUUAUAAGUAUGCA